AUGAUCGCGAAAGAACCCUCGCAGGCGGAGCUGCACCUGCUCUGCCUGUCCUCCAUCGUGCGCGACCUGAUCACAGCGUACGAGGGCGCGUCAUCCUCGUCCAACUCGGCCGCGCCCAACCUCCAGCGCCUCCGCGCCAAGUAUGCGCAGAAGUAUGGCCUCAACUCGGUCCCCCGCCUGACGGAUGUGCUCGCUGCCGUCCCCGACGAGUGGAAGGACCGCCUGCGCGGGUGGCUCAUGGCCAAGCCGGUCCGCACCGCGUCGGGAGUUGCCGUCGUCGCCGUUAUGUGCAAGCCGCACCGGUGUCCGCAUGUCGCCAUGACCGGCAACAUCUGCGUGUACUGCCCCGGCGGACCGGACUCGGACUUUGAGUACUCGACUCAGUCGUACACAGGGUACGAGCCGACAUCGAUGCGCGCUAUUCGGGGUCGGUAUGAUCCGUACGAGCAGACGCGUGGGCGUGUUGAGCAGCUCCGCAGCUUAGGUCACUCGGUGGACAAGGUCGAGAUCAUCAUUAUGGGCGGCACGUUCAUGAGCAUGCCCGAGGACUACCGGCACAGCUUCAUUGCGGGCCUGCAUAACGCCCUCAGCGGUGCUACGACCGAGGAUGUUGACGAGGCGGUCAAGUUCUCGGAGCAGAGCAAGACCAAGUGUGUUGGUAUCACGAUCGAGACGCGCCCAGACUACUGCCUCAAGACUCACCUCAGCCAGAUGCUGCGGUACGGGUGCACACGUCUCGAGAUCGGUGUGCAGAGUGUAUACGAGGAUGUGGCCCGCGACACCAACCGUGGACACACGGUGCGCGCCGUGUCUGAGUCGUUCCAGAUGUCCAAGGAUGCGGGAUACAAGAUCGUGGCGCACAUGAUGCCUGACCUCCCCAACUGCGGUAUCGACCGCGACAUCUGGCAGUUCCAAGAGUUCUUCGAGAACCCCGCCUUCCGCUCGGACGGCCUCAAGCUCUACCCGACGCUCGUCAUCCGCGGCACCGGUCUGUACGAGCUCUGGCGCACCGGCAAGUACAAGAACUACCCGCCAAACCUGCUAGUCGACAUUGUUGCGCGCAUCAUGGCACUUGUGCCACCCUGGACGCGCGUGUACCGUGUGCAGCGUGACAUUCCCAUGCCGCUCGUCUCGUCAGGUGUCGAGAACGGCAACCUCCGCGAGCUUGCGCUGGGGCGCAUGAAGGACUUUGGCGCCGAGUGCCGUGACGUGCGAUUCCGCGAGGUCGGUCUGCACGAGAUCCACAACCGCGUGCGCCCGCAGGACCUUGAGCUCCUGCGCCGCGACUACACUGCCAAUGGUGGAUGGGAGACGUUCCUCUCGUACGAGGACCCUGAGCAGGACAUCCUCGUCGGACUCCUCCGCCUGCGCAAGUGCUCCGAGGGGACGUACAGGAAGGAGCUGGUUGGCAUGCCUGGUGGGUGCUCGCUCGUUCGCGAGCUGCACGUCUACGGUACGGCUGCGCCCGUCCACUCGCGCGAUCCCAAGAAGUUCCAGCAUCAGGGUAUCGGAACACUGCUCAUGGAGGAGGCGGAGAGGAUUGCGCGCGACGAGCACGGCAGCUCGCGUGUCGCCGUCAUCUCGGGCGUCGGGACACGUGACUACUACCGCCGCCUCGGGUACGUCCUGGACGGGCCGUACAUGGUCAAGGACUUGUGA